UAGGACAGGCGCAGGUCAGGUCACAAGUUUGAGGGUGAGCCUGACCAUUGUGACUGUGACGCUGGGGCUCCAUGUUGAUUCAGUGAAGGUAUAGAGGCUAAAAUCACCAAACAUGGCUCUCAGGCGGUGCUGGAGGUUCACAGGAGCGGUCCCGCGGCUGCUGUGUCAGAGAAGCGUCCAGCCCGGUGCUUCUCUCCCGGGAGGAAGGAGCUCUGUGUCCGGCCUCGAUCACACUCCCCCCGGCUGCAGAAACACAGAGUUGCUUCUGUGCAGGGGAUUCACUUCAGCACCACCCAGCACAGAUGUGACCUACGAGCAGCUGAAGCAGCUCCUGGCCGGCAGAAAAGCUGUGGUUAUAGAUGUCAGGGAGCCCUGGGAGCUCAGAGAGUACGGCUUCAUCCCUGGGGCCAUUAACAUCCCCUUGGGACAGGUGAACACUGCCCUCCAGCUUGUCCCGGAUGAUUUCAGAGAAAAGUAUGGUGGUGAAAUGCCCGAGCAGACAGACAACAUCGUGUUCACCUGUCUGGCAGGGAUUCGGAGUGAGAGGGCAGUCAAGGAAGCUGCGUCGCUGGGAUACAAAGACAUUUAUCAUUACCCGGGUGGAUGGAAAGACUGGGCGUCAAAUGAGCAUCACAACUGAUCCAGGGUUAAAAGAAGACAUAAAACAUAUGAAUCUUUUUUUUUAUGUAUCUGACAUCAAACUGGAAAUUUUGCAAACAUUCAUUCACUUUCUUGUUAAUUUAAGAGCCUGAGAUGUAAGUUGUUCUCCUCAUGGGUGAAUCCAGAGGACUCAGCAAACAUCAGCAAUCAAUCCAUUUCAACAGUGUUGACUUGAAGUUUCUUGUAAAUAUGUUUCACCACAGAAUACCCACACACCCUUUACAGCUCCUGAACAAACACAACCAGAGUGAUCCGAUCACAAUUGGUCAGCGCUAAGUGCAGGUGUGAACAAAUCCUAAUGUGUCCUCAAUGCGUCGUGAGAUCUGGUUACUGGAGGUGGUGUGGGACGCAUAUGAAUGACUGCCUACUCAGCUGACUUCCUCUGACUUGCUGCAGUUUAAACAUAUUUUUACACUUCUCAGUGUCCGUACAUUCGAACUGUUUAUAGCCAGCAACACAAUAUCAACACUGACCACCGCAUGAUGACUGAUACUUUAUUUAUAAUUGCUAAAAUCAUUCUUCGUAGAAGAGCUGCACAUUCAUUCAGUCCCUCUUGUCUCCUCUCGUUCUCUUUCUGUCACUCGCUCAUGCCAACAUACACUCGAACUGGGUAAAAGCAAUAUAAUUUGGUCUUUGCAAACACAAAUGCAAACUUGAUUAUUUGCAUUUGGAGCAGAGAAGUGAGAUCUAAGCUCAAGUGGUCACAGAAGACGCAUGCAGGACACAUUUUAAUGCCAGGUUUGAAAAGAUAAACUUAACGCUGUCUUCUUGUGAGUGAAUCUCUGAGGACUGAUGUUAAAACCAGGUCUGAACAGGACCAUUCGGCCAGUGACUGUAAUAAUCAGCACAACUAUAGUCGGACGAUGUAAAGAACUUUUUUAUUUAACAGACUAUGCAAAUGACUACUUACCUGUGCAUGAUUGUGGGUUAAUGAGCCUCCCACAACAUAUUCUGAACAGUUUUCAAUGUGAUGCAUUGUAAAUAUAUAAUAGCGUGUUGCUCAACAGUUUGUGAAGUUGUUGCAAACAUCAUUCAAGAAAUAAAAUUAUAAUUUUGAUUACA